AGGGCACAGGCUCAAGUGGCAAACGGCAGCCAACUAAACACACCAGCUUUUGAAAAGGAGCCGACGACAAGGACGUUUCUUGUUCGGAGCGCAGGCUGGAUUGUACAGACUCUACUUUUUCUUACUUGAGUGAGGUAAAUCUAUUCAAACUUUGCGCCUGGGAAAUCCAUCAGGUGCCCAGGCUAAGGUUACACCUGUUCGGCUGGAGGCUACAAAUAUCACUUACCUGAUAAGCCACACGGUGUCAGAUAAUAGACUACCUUGACAUCGUUUCACUUCUUCACGUGGAUACUGGGUUGGCUACGGGUUACAAGGCGCUUUAAACAUCACGGUGGCAUAUACGCGCAUACGCAUGUCGCGAUGUGCCACUGUCCUGUUGCAGGGUAAAUUAGUUUAAAUUGUUGGCUAUACCCUGCGUAUCACCUCCAGAUGCGGAUCUGUUUCUGUGCAUAGGUGUACCCGCGGAAUAGUCAAGCGGACUCGUGAUUAUUCCCAUCGGCUACCAGGGACGUAGCAUGGGAAAUCAGGUUGACAAGCUGUCACAUUUAAGUUAUGCUGAAGUUCCGACCGCAGACCCAAAUGGAUUGGACACGGAGGACGACGGCCCCAGGAUCGGGGUAUCAUAUAUUUUUUCAAACGACGAUGAUGAGUUGGAGGAGAAUGUCGAUGGGGCAGACAUCGAGGCGAAUCAGGAAGAAAAACACUAUGACAAGCGCAACGAAGUGGAGUGUGCCAUCUACAACAAAGACGAAUGUAUUUACGAGAAAAGUAUCGUCUCGGCGGACAUGGAGACCUAUUCCCCGGAGAAUUUACUGAACAGGUGCAAGCCAGGCGACCUGGUGGAGUUCGUGGCUACUGGCCAGUACCCUCACUGGGCUGUAUACGUCGGAGACUUUCAGGUGGUGCACCUGCACAGAGCUGAGGUGAAAAACAGUUUUUUGACGGAUGCGAGUCAAGGCAGAAGGGGUCGGCUCGUCAACGGCUUCUACAAAUUCAAGCCUCUCAGUCCGGAAAUGGUUGUACAAAAUGCCAUGGAACAGGUGGGCACCAAAGACCGCGAACUCAGCUGGAGAAACUCUGAAUGUUUUGCUGCCUGGUGCAGGUUUGGGAAGCGUGAAUUUAAAAUGGGGGGCGAGAUACGAAUCGGAAAGCAGCCUUAUCGAUUAAAAAUAAUGCUGCCUGAAAAGCAAACGCAUGUACUUGAGUUCCAGUCUUUGGAGGACCUGAUCAUGGAGAAGAGAAGGAAUGACCAAAUUGGAAAGGUUGCCAUGAUACAGGAACUGGCCAAUCAUCUUAGCAAUGUGGGGAGCCUCAGAAGUGACCCAAACGCACAAUAACCAGAAGCCACCUGUUGAGGUUUUACUAGCAGAGUGUUUACUGUUGAUGAAGAGACACUGCAGUUCAUAUCAGAUUAUUUCCUGCCUCUCAAUCUGACAAAUUACAAAUGCAUAGGUGAUUUAUUCAGGUUGAUGUUCAAUUACAUCAGUUUGUUAACAAAAGAGUAAUGAAAUCUAUAUUUACAUUUACGCAGAACAAUCCUAAUCUAUAUUUCUGUUAUUUAUGAGUUUCAGAUAGGUUUUGAAUCGAUAACAUGUCAUUUCAGGUGAAACAUUUGGCUAUGUGAGUCAAACGCACCAAGUGUUUUUUCUGUGCGCGUCACCACACUACAGUAGGCCUAGCUCAUUUCCUGUCUUAUUUGUUUUCCAGUCAUGACUGUGAAAGUUUCUGUGAAAUCAGCCCAUCAGACUCACAAAGGUUAUGACGCAAGAGACCAGUGCUGUCUUUUAUGUUCCACGGCAUCUGUAAGCCACAGAACUAUGCCACAAUAAAUUGCAGGAAGUGUAAUACAGUGUUAUGCAGUUCUCCCUUAUUAAGUGCUUUAUAUGUGAAGAAACUGUUUUGUUGGAUAAGGGUCUUUUGCGUUUCAUAAUGGGUUUAACCCACACGCAGGCUUAGUGAAUACAAUGUUUCCCUUUUACAACCUGUUGCAUUUUGAAAAUGGAAAGAGUGACAUAACUGUCACACAACUGCACAUUUUGUUUUGCAAAGUACG